AUGAUCGACGAGCGCGCAACCUGGACCGACGAGAAGGAUGCUAUCUGGAUGACCGAGAUGAUCUACCAAGUGGUAGUCCUUGGCAAAUGUGCAAACAGUGGGUUCAAGAAGGAGGCGUGGCAGGCAGCAUUGAGUAAUCUCAACAUCGAACACCGCGUUAACUACACCAAAGUCCAGCUCAAGGCCAGGAAUGCAGAAAUUAAGGAGCAGUAUGCUCAAGUGUCGCAAAUGCAACACUUCCUGGAAGGGAAACCAAGACGGUGGGCGUUGGGGGAGACAAAACGCUUUCCACAGAAUCUGCGCUGCCAGCAGCUCUAUGACGGAUGCCACGGGAAAGUACGCAUCAUCAACAACACAACAGGAAAGUAUGGCCAGCUCAACCGACAAUGGUGA